AUGGUAAAAUUCAAUACAAUCUGUAGGUCUGGAUAAGAAAGAUCAACAAAUGCUGAUAUAACUAAAGUAUAUAGGAAUCCUAAUCCAAAAGUACAUCCUUUAGCACAUGCUAGAGAAUAUCAACGUGCAUUGGUAGCGACAAAAGUCGAAAAAAUAUAUGCUUAACCAUUCUUGGGAGCAUUGAAUGGACACUCAGAUGGUGUGAGUUGUAUUGAAGCAUGCAGAUUCAAUUUAUCAAAAUUAGUAAGUGGAAGUUAUGAUGGUGAAAUACGAAUUUGGGAUAUUCCUAGCAGAAGAACAUUAAUAUAAUUAAGUAAAGAAAGAGUUAAUAAAUUAAAUAGAUGCACAUUAAUAAAUGGUUAAGGGAGUUUCAUUUAGUAGAGAUGGAAUGCGAAUAGUUUCAUCAGGUGAGGAUAAGACCAUAAAUUUGUAUGAUUUUCCUUAAUUGUUGGAAUAAUCAAAUAAUACAUUUUAAGACCCAUUAAUGCGAUAUUUAAGUAAAGGAACUUUGGGAAAUGUUGAUCAUAAUUACUAAUUAUCAUAAUUUGCUACUGCAGGAUAAGUAGUUUAGGUUUGGGAUUAUGAAAGACCAAAACCAAUAAUGAAAUUCUAAUGGGGAGUGGAUUCAGUUAGUUGUGUGAAAUAUUCUCCUGCUGAUAGUAAUCUAAUAUGUGGAACUUCUAUGGAUAGAUGUGUAAUAUUGUAUGAUGUUAGAGCUGAAUCUGCAAUUCAUAAAGUAGCUAUGUUAAAUAAAUCUUAAUGUUUAGCAUGGAAUCCGAUUGAACCAUUGAAUAUUGUAAUUGGAAAUGAUGAUUCAAAUUGUUAUACAUAUGAUAUUAGAAAGAUUGAAUUACCUACUAUGAUUCAUAAAGAUCAUAUUUCAGCUGUCAUGUCAGUAGCAUUUAGUUCAAGUGGCAGAGAAUUUGUUUCUGGAUCAUUUGAUAGAACCAUUAGGAUAUUCCCAUUUAAUAAAGGAUUUUCAAGGGAAGUAUAUCAUGGAUAGAGAAUGUAAUAAGUAAAUUCAGUUUCAUUUUCAGCAGAUGCUUAAUUUGUAUAUAGUGGAUCUAAUGAUAUGAAUAUAAGAAUAUGGAAGGUAAAUGCAAGUCAGAAAGUUGGGAUAAUUAAUCAAAGAGAAACUAAUGCUACAAAUUAUAGAUAGGCUUUGAAAGAGAAGUUUAAGUAUAAUUCUGAAAUCAAGAGAAUUGCAAAACAUAGACAUUUACCUAAAUAUCUAAUGAAUAAAAAGAAAUAGAGAUAGGAAAUGAAGGAAUCUAAAAAUAGAAAAUAAAGAAAUGCAGAACUCAAUAAUCCAGGUUAAUAUGAAGCACCAAAACCAGAAAAAUAAUAAAGAAUCGAAUAAUUUAUUUAAUGA